CUAUAAUCCCAGUACUCAGGAGGAAGAGGCAACUGGUCAAGACUAGCAAUGGCUACAUAAUGUUUUCAAGUCAUCCAACAUUCACUGAGCAUCUGCUAUAUACAAGAUGAAUAUCUGCAGCAAACCCUCCAACAAGACAGCCCCUGAGAAGAGUGUGUGGACAGCGCCUUCCCAGGACAGUGGAGCUUCCCCAGAACUGCAGGGCCAGCGGUCUCGCAGGAAUGGAUGGAGCUGGCCCCCUCACCCGCUCCAGAUUGUGGCCUGGCUGCUCUACCUCUUCUUUGCAGUGAUUGGCUUUGGGGUCCUUGUUCCCCUCCUGCCUCACCCCUGGGUGCCUGCUGGCUAUGCUUGCAUGGGUGCCAUCUUUGCCGGCCACCUUGUGGUACACCUGACUGCUGUCUCCAUCGAUCCAGCAGAUGCCAAUGUGCGGGACAAGAGCUAUUCUGGUCCCCUGCCUAUCUUCAACCGCAGCAAGCAUGCACACGUCAUUGAAGACCUGCACUGCAACCUGUGCGAUGUAGAUGUGAGUGCGCGGUCGAAACACUGCAGCGCCUGUAACAAAUGUGUAUGCGGCUUCGACCAUCAUUGCAAGUGGCUCAACAACUGCGUGGGCGAGAGGAACUACCGGCUCUUUUUACACAGUGUGGCAUCUGCAUUGUUGGGUGUUCUGCUCCUGGUGCUGGUAGCCACUUAUGUCUUCGUGGAGUUCUUUGUCAACCCCAUGCGGCUUCGUACUAACCAACAUUUUGAAGUCUUGAAGAAUCACACAGAUGUGUGGUUUGUGUUCUUGCCUGCUGCCCCUGUGGAGACCCAGGCUCCUGCCAUCCUGGCCCUGGCUGCCCUGCUCAUCUUCCUGGGCCUGCUUUCUACAGCCCUGCUUGGCCACCUGUUCUGCUUCCACAUGUAUUUAAUAUGGCACAAACUUACCACCUAUGAGUACAUCGUACAGCACCGCCCAGCUCAGGAAGCAAAGGAGACCCACAAGGAGCUUGAGUCAUGCCCCCGCAAGAUGCAGCCCAUUAAGGAGAUGGAGUUUUACAUGAGGACAUUCAGCCAUGUGCGUCCAGAGCCCUCCGGCCAGGCCAGGCCUGCAGCAUUAAAUGUCAAUCCUUCCCAGUUUCUUGCCACCCAAGGCCAAGUGGAACCACCACUGCCCUCCUCCUCAGACACACUGGCUCUGCCUCCACGGAUCCAACCCCAGAAAAAGAGGAAGCGGCGUGUGUAUAGAUUGUCCAGGUCUGGGAUCUUGGGCCGGGAGCCCCCGCUGCCCAGGUUGCAGGGGACUGGGACCCCUUGCCGCCAUUCCAGCUCUUCAUCGGAUUCCAUCAGUGCCAGCCCUGUGCAUGCGCCUGGCCCUGCAGGCGCCUACUACUCAGCAUCAGCCGAGUACAUGGAAGAGAUUCCAGUAGCCCAGACACGCCUGGGCAGUGCUGCGCUGGGCGCCCCAGGAACCAGGGGCCGAGAGUCUGGGCUGGCGCUACAGGCACGCUCUCCGGCCGUUUUUGUGAGCCCAAGCAGCGGCGAGCCCGGGAAACCUGCUGGUGGUGAAAAUGGCCUACCUUAGUGCUUGCGGCCUGACUCUAUGCAAGACCCCAUCUUCGCCGCACCUAGUGCACUUUAGGGGCCUCAAGGCCGGCGGGAUCGGCCUCCCUUGCCCAAGACUCAGCAAUAUCCGCUCCACCAGCCCUGAUGCUCCAAUAAACUUUUUUUAUGCUUU